AUGAAAAUUGCACUGCCAGUAUUCCGGAGACUUAACAGAUUGAUCAGUUCGUAUAAGAUGUCAGGAGUGUUCCCAUACAACCCACCGGUAAAUCGUGAAAUGCGAGAAUUGGAUAGGUCAUUUUUUGUCACCAAGAUACCAAUGUGUGCAGUCAAGUUCCCCGAACCCAAAAAUAUCAGCCUGUUCUCUAAAAACUUCAAGAAUUGCAUUCUGAGGGUGCCACGUAUCCCGCACGUUGUUAAGUUACACGCAGCCAAGACAGUGGACGAACCGACAAGCGUACAGAACAAGAAGCUGAAGACGGCAGCUGGUAAUAAUGGCCCAAUAAUGAAAGGUGUGCUGCUACACGAAUCCAUCCACAGCGUCGAGGAUGCGUAUGCAAACUUGCCCGAGGAGGCAUUGGCGUUUCUCAAGGAGAACAGUGCGGAAAUUGUACCACAUGAAUAUGUGCUCGAUUAUGAUUUCUGGAAGGCUGAGGAGAUUCUUCGAGCAGUACUGCCUGAGCAAUUCCUGGAAGAAGUCCCAACGGGUUUCACCAUCACAGGCCACGUUGCGCAUUUGAACUUGCGUACCGAGUUCAAACCAUUCGACUCGCUCAUCGGUCAAGUUAUCCUGGACAAGAACAACAAAAUUGAAUGUGUCGUAGACAAAGUCAGCUCCAUUGCUACACAGUUCAGAACUUUCCCUAUGAAAGUUAUCGCUGGGAAAAGCGAUAGUUUAGUGGUCGAGCAGAAAGAAUCCAACUGCACCUUCAAAUUCGACUUUAGCAAGGUUUACUGGAACUCUAGACUGCACACAGAGCAUGAAAGACUGGUCAAACAAUACUUCCAGCCUGGCCAAGUAGUCUGCGAUGUCUUCGCAGGCGUGGGGCCCUUUGCCAUACCCGCAGGCAAGAAGGAUGUCAUCGUUUUGGCCAACGACUUGAAUCCGGAAAGCUACAAGUACUUGAAAGAGAACAUCGCGCUGAACAAAGUGACGAAGACCGUUAAAUUCUUUAACAUGGACGGCGCUGAGUUCAUCCGCCGUUCGCCACAGCUAUUACAACAGUGGAUUCAAGAUGAAGAGGGCGGCAAGAUUACGAUUCCUCUGCCUUUGAAGAAACGACACAGAUCUCAGCAACACCAGGAACAACAACCGCCACAACCACGCACCAAAGAAGUGAUCAUUCCGUCACAUAUUAGCCACUAUGUCAUGAAUCUCCCAGACAGCGCCAUUUCCUUCCUAGGAAACUUCCGCGGCAUCUUUGCAACACACACCCACACUGCUACUGAUACCAUCAAAAUGCCAUGGGUGCACGUGCAUUGUUUCGAAAAGUACCCGCCUGGCGAGGAUGUCACUGAGCACGAGUUGCAUGCGCGCGUGCAUGCACGUAUUAUUGCCGCGCUCAAGGUCACCGCGGACGACCUUCCAUUGAGUGCCGUCUCGUUGCAUUUGGUGCGCAAAGUUGCGCCUACGAAACCGAUGUAUUGCGCGAGUUUCCAACUUCCGGCUACCGUGUGA